AUGGAUAACGCUGAAGCAUCCACUCCAUUGCCAUUUCAACUACUAAAACUCCCUGCAGUUGCAUUGAAUCAAGUGGUCAGGAUGAUGCAUGGAAGUGAGAUAAUGAAACUUUCAAUGUGCUCUCAUCGACUGGAAUUAUUUAUGAAAUUAUGGAAGUACAAGCUCAAAAGACUCGAAGUUCAUUUAAAACAUGAAUCUCUGAAUUUCAAGCUAACAAAAGCUUGCAUAGUUUUCAGGGAUAGAGAGCUGAAGCCCCAUUUAGAGCCUGUAACCAAGAUGUCCCAGUUAUGUGGCAGAUUAAAGGAAAACGUGUGCUCGACAGAACUUGUUCUGUUUUUUUCCCGGGAAACCAUGUUUGAUUUAUACUAUCUUGUCAUGUCACUUUUUGCACCUGCCGCUAUCCAAUGGGUACUUAACAUAGAGGAGUUACCACGAGAGACUCUUCUGAGAUAUUUGGACAAGGGAUUGUCUGAAAACUGUUCUGAAAUCAGUAUUGAAAAUGGAAAUCUGAGUAUUGAGCGGUUAACAGAACUGAUGGACAGAAUACCGGUAACAAAAGGACUAAAAGUUACUUCAUGGAUUCCAUCAAAGUUUAAACAUCCAAAUGCAUUUAAAUAUCGGACUAUUUGGUAUGAAGUGGCACAUUGGGUUACUCUGGAUGACCUCAAGUCCAUUAGAAAUGCUGAUUCAGUUGUAUUAAAAUGGACAAGUUUUGAUUCUAAGGAUUUGAACGAGUUUCUGAGAUAUUGGGUUGAUUGUGAAGAAGAAAUGAUGAAGCAGUUGAUGUUUGGAAUACACAAAGUAAUCGAUAAGAAUAUUCUCACUGAUCAACUUUUGGUUUUGGGUGCUAAGGAUGGAUUGUUACCACAUUACCACUUAAAAAAGAUAAAUCAUAAAACGGGAAAGAUUGUGGUAGGUCGUGUGGAAAUCAGUUACGGAAUAUUUAUGCAGCUUCGCACGUAUGAUAUAGAUCACUGUCCUCGUUCACUAGCUAUUCUGGAAGAGAUGGAGAAAGAGGCAGCAUUGAAAAAGUAA